CGGCGGCGGCGGCGGCGGCGACGGCGGCGGAGCGGCGACCCGCGCGGGGCCUUCUGGGAACGGAAUCCCCAGGGCUGCCCCUGGCCCCUAUGGCGCAUGCGCGGGAGGCCGCUCGGUGAUCCGCGGCAGCGGCGGUGCUUCCUGCUAGGACUGGCCGGAGGCUCGGGCUACACCGACCCCCUACCCCCACCCCCUCACACUCACCCACCGGGCCGCGACUGCGCAGGGCGGGGCCGGCCGGCACUAUGGGCCGCGGUGUGGGCUAAGCCGGAGGCCCGGCUUGGACUGGACACCACCAUGUUUGCAGAGAUGUUCAGUGCCCACCAGAGUGUCUGUGUUGUCAGGCGAAUGGGAGCUGAGCGCACACAAUGAAUGGGGGCAAUGAGAGCAGCGAAGCAGACAGAGCUGGGGGCCCUGGGGCCUCCCCUGUCCCUAUUGGCUGGCAGCGCUGUGUGCGGGAGGGUGCCGUGCUCUAUGUCAGUCCAAGUGGCACAGAGCUGUCUUCCCUGGAGCAAACUCGGAGCUACCUCCUCAGUGAUGGGACCUGCAAGUGCGGCCUGGAGUGUCCACUCAAUGUCCCAAAGGUUUUCAACUUUGACCCCUUGGCCCUGGUGACCCCGGGCGGGGCAGGGGUGGGGCCGGCAGCUGAGGAGGACAUGACCAAGCUGUGCAACCACAGGCGGAAAGCUGUCGCCAUGGCAACGCUAUACAGAAGCAUGGAGACCACCUGUUCACACCCCUCCCCUGGAGGGGGAGCAAGCCCCCAACUGUUCCACACUGUGUCCCCAGGUCCCCCGACUGCCCAUCCCCCUUGCCGAGCCCCUCCCAUAGCCCCACUUAAUGGGGGACCCUGUACUCUACCCCCAGAGCCACUCUCUGCAUCUCCUCAGCCCUUUCCCCCCUUACCAGGCCCUGGGGGUGUCUUUCCACCCCCAAGGCCUCCUGACCCAGGUACCCCAGGGGGCAGCAACAGCCCCUGCUUCCUCCCGAGGGGCAAUGCCCCCUCCCCAGCCCCACCCCCACCCCCUGCUGUCAGUCUCAAUGCCUCCCCAUACAUCUGGGGGACUGCCCUCAGACCCAGCCUGGUCCCUCCGGAUCUGGGUUCUCCUCCUGCACCUCUCAUUUCCUCUUCACCACCCACGGGGAGUGGCGAGCACCCUCUGGAUCCCCCUUUCCACUGCAGUGAUGCCUUAACGCCCUCUCCCCUGCCUCCAAGCAAUAAUCUCCCUGGCUCUUGUGGACCCCCCACUCAGCCACCAGUGUCUUCAGCCUCUAUGCACCUGCCCUUGCCCUUGGUCCUGGGGCCUCUGGGAGGGGGUCCCAUGGUAGAGGGGACUGGGGCACCCCCAUUCCUCGCCAGCAGCCUACUCUCUGCAGCAGCCAAGGCACAGCGCCCCUCACUGCCUCCCCCCAGCACUUUACAGGGCCGAAGGCUUCGAGCCCAGGCGCCUCCUCCUCCCCAUCAGCCCUCACCCCGUUCCCAACGCCGCCCCCGCAGGCCUCCAACAGUUCUUCGAUUGCUAGAAGGGGGAGGGCCUUUGAUACCCCGGAGGACCCGCCCUCGUGCCCCUGCCCCACCAUCUUUCCCUCACUCUGAACCAUCUAACCCAAUCCUUCCCUCUGUGCUAUCCCUGCUGGGACUCUCCACCCCUCCCCAUUCCGAUGGAAGCUUUAACCUUUCGGGGUCUGAUGUGCCCCUUCCCCCAACCCUUCCCCUCUCCUCAGGGAGCCCCCCCCAACCCAUGCACCCCAUCCAGCCCUCCUUACCUGGGACUAGCAGUGGCAGCCUCAGCAGCAUGCCAGGUGCCCCUGCCCCUCCAGCCGCCACCAAAGCCCCCCCGGUUCCCAGCCCUGUCCUUCGAAGCACCCCUGAAGGGAUGGGUCCAAGCUGCCCUCUUCCUUCCCUUGGUGGAGGGGAGGCCUUCCCCUUUCCCAGCCCAGAGCAGGGCUUGGCAUUGGGUGGAGCAGGCUUUCCAGGACUGCUUGGGGCCCUGCCUCUUCCCUUGAGUUUGGGGCAGCCUCCUCCCCCUCCAUUGCUUAGCCACAGUUUGUUGGGUGUGUUGGCUGGGGGUGGGGGGCAGCCUCCCCCUGAGCCCUUCCUGCCUCCUCCUGGGGGUCCAGGCCCUCCUCUGGCCCCUGGCGACCCUGAGGGACCAUCACUUUUGGUGGCUUCCUUGCUCCCACCACCCUCCUCGGACCUACUUCCCCCUGCUCCAGCCCCUCCCAGCAACCUCCUUGCCUCACUUCUACCCCUACUGGCUUUGGGUCCUCCAUCAGGGGAUGGGGAAGGACCUGGGGAGGUGGCUGGGGGUCCAAGUGGGGAGUCAUUUCCAGGUUUGGGAGACCUGCCCCCCCUGCUGUUUCCCCCCCUCUCAGCCCCACCUGCCCUCAUAGCUUUAAAUUCUGCGCUGCUGGCUGCCAGCCUGGACUCCCCUGCAGGGAACCCCUCCCAGCCCUGUGUUCUGAGCACCCCUCAACCUGGACCACCUACCUCCAGCGUCACCACGGCAACUACUGACCCCGGGGCCUCCUCUCUGGGCAAGGCCCCUUCCACCUCAGGGAGAACCCCCCCACUCCUCAGCCCUCUGCUGAGCGCCAGCCUGCUGGGUGACUUGUCUUCGAUGACUAGCAGCCCUGGGACCCUUCCCAGCCUGCUGACCCCUCCAGGCCCUCUUUUCCCUGGCCAGCUUGGGCUCCAGCUCCUCCCUGGGGGAGGUGCCCCCCCACCUCUCUCUGGGGCUUCCAGCCCCUUGACCUGCUUGUUGCAGAGUCUCCAGCUCCCCACUGAGCAACCAGAAGCUCCCUGCCUGCCCCCUGAGAGUCCCAGCCCAACUGUUGAACCGGAGCCUGCCCGGCCCCCCCUCAGUGCCUUAGCCCCACCCCAGGGUUUCCCUGACCCUCCAGCUCCUGAGUUGUUGACUGGGAGGGGGUCAGGAAAGCGGGGACGGCGGGGAGGUGGGGGAUCAAGGGGCAUUAAUGGGGAGACUAGACCAGGCCGGGGCCGAAAGCCUGGUAGCCGGAGAGAGCCUAGUCGACUGGCCCUUAGGUGGGGAGGACGAGGUGGUUUCAAUGGACAGAUGGAACGGUCCCCCCGAGGUCCCCACUGGCAGCAUAAUGGGGAAUUGGCUGAAGGGGGGACUGAGCCCAAAGACCUACCCACUCCCAUGCCCCAGCCAGAUGAGCUCAAGGUGCCCCCUGGGGGAGUUAGAAAGUCUCGCAGGGGCAGGAGGAGGAAGAGCAACCCCUCCCGAACCAGCAGCAGCUCCCGACAGAUUACCCUGGAGUCUAGCCACAUGGCUGGGGUGGCUGUUCCCUUGCCCCCCCGGCCCCGUCCUGGUCGUCCUGCCAAGAACAAGAGGAGGAAAUUGGCCCCGUAGCAGCCAUACCUGGAGCUGGACCUGAUCCCCACUCUGGGGGGAGUUGAGCCUUGGGAGUCCCUGCCAAUCAUCUGUACCUGUGGACAGAAGUGGGUAGGGGGCUGUAUAUCUCCACCCCCCCUCCAGCCCCCAAGCACAAAUGCAUUUCCCUCCCCCCAUAAUCUUGUCCUGAGCCAUUCCAGGGGAUAGAGAAGCUCACCUCACCCCAAAGCCAUGUCACUGAUAAGGUCUGGGGGGGUAUUUGGCACCUCCCCCCCCAGGUACUAAGGGGAGCAUACCCUUCUCCAGGUCUUAUUUGCUUAAGUUAUUUUUGCACAAAUGACUCUUUAUAUUUAAUUCGACUUCAUUGUCCCUCUUCCCCAAGCCAGCAGGCUCAGUUUACAAACCUGUGAGCCACUGUUGGCUGCUGCCCUCCUUCCCAGCGAAAGGCACAAAGCAAUAAGCAUCACUCCCUUCCACCCCUAGCCCCCUUCCCUCUGGCUCAGGUGCCUCAAAGCACAGAUCCUACCCCAUCCCCACUCCCACCCCCACGGUUUGAAACACACGGAAGCCUCAUUUCAGGGUGUAAGCCAGGUUCCUUCCCCUUUUCCUCUGGGGUAAGGGGGGAAAGCGGCCUCCCUUCCCACACACACUACAGUGCCCCCUUUCCCCCAUCAAAAAUGCUCAGAGACGUUGUCAUGACGCUGACGCAAGGAUUAUGCAACGCAGUCCAACCGGAGUGGCCAGCAUGCCCAGCCGUCCAGGGGCUGCCUCAUGCCUUUUCUUUUGUAAAGACAAGACCCUUCGGGAGUUUUAAUUCUGUUUUGUACUCGCCCUGUGGGGCCUCCACCGCUUUUCUAUGGGAGACACUCUUAAUUUAACAGAUAAGAAUAUUUUGAAACUCUG